CAGAAGAGCAAUUCCUUUGUCUUCCAAGGCUGUUAUCGCUGCUUACAACAACCAUUACCCGCUUCUUCCUCCGAUAUUCACUUGCUUCAGCUGAUCGUUGCUCAGUGGGGGGCUGAUUAGGAAUUCUGGGCCCUCAAUUCCUGGGUAUAAACCAUCGACUACCCUCAUUCUCUACUCUCCUUCAGCCCAGAGCGGUAUCAAACUUUGACAUCCCUCUAUCAAAACCUCUUCAGUCUACCCUUCCGUGGUAGCAAAACCACGACUUGCUUUGGCAUCCACCAAAAGUCCUUCUAGGCAACUCGCUCUCUGCUUCUUCGACAAGAAGCCAACAGCUACGACACUCUUUUGCCCCAUCUCUUACAGCCCAUCGUCGCCAUGGAUGACACUCAGGAGUUCAAUCCCAAGGACUUGCCUUCCUACCCCAAGCAUACCGACUUCAAAGACUUGAGCACCAAGGCUGUUGAGAAGCGCAUUGAUCUCACCCCCGAGGCUUACGUCGAGGAUCUUGACAAAUUCCACCCCUUUGCCAGCCGCCCUGGUUGGAAUGACGAUGCCAAGGCCCGCAAGGUCAAUGUCGCUAUCAACCAGUACCGCAUCAAGGUUGCCAAGCUGCCCACCAUCUUCCAGUACAAUCUUGACGUUUCCCCCAAUCCCGAUGCCAAUGUGGUCUUCCGCAAGUGCUGGGAGAACCCGACCUUGCAAGCCCACAUGAAGCAGUUCAAGACCCCCGAAGGCAAGUCGGGCGACUGGCUGUAUGAUGGUGGCAAGAUCCUCUGGUCCCGCAACGACAUUGGCAAUCAGGCUGUCAAGAAACAGAUAGACCUCCGCGAGAAUGAGGAUGGCUCGCGUGGCAAGCCCCAGCCGCUUUUCAUCACCAUCACCAAGACCAAGCAGUUGAACCUGGAGGCGAUCAAUGCCUAUCUGGCUGGCAAGAUGGGCUGGGACAAUGCGGUUCUGGAGACUAUCACUUUUCUGGACCAGGUUUUCCGUGCUGGUCCCACUAGGGUUUUCGGUUUCAUCGCCAACAAGCGUACGCUUAUCCACCCCCAGAGCUCUGAGAGCAUGCCUCUCAACGCUCUCACUGAGGCUAUCAAGGGCAUUUACUCUGCCAUUCGCCUAAACUCGUCCAACAUCACCGGCGGUCAGGGCCUCGGUGUCAAUGUCGACGUCGCCAACAACACCUACUUCAUUGGUCAGAACAUGGCUCAGCUGGCCCGCCACUUGGUCAUCAACUUGUGCCCCAAUGUCGGUCCCCACAAGCCUGAUGAGUUCUUCCAGUUUGUCAAGCCUGUCCAGGACAAGAACGGCAAAUGGGGCAUGUCUGCCGGGCUCAAGGCUCUCCGCCGCUUGACGAAUCUUCGCUUCAGGGUCACUCAUCGCGGCAAGAAGGACAAGAAUGGGAACCUGAUCCCCUCCCCCAUCUACAGGGUCAAGGGAGUCGUGUUUGAGCCAAAGUAUGGCCAGGAGGGUGCGUCGGCCAAGAAGGUCACUUUUCAGCGCAAGGAAUUCAAUGAGGCCACGCAGGAGAUCACCACCUCCGAGAUGUCCAUUUACGACUUCUACGAGCUUCAUUACAAGAAGCGUCUUCGUCUCUGGCAGCUGCCUCUGAUUGAGACCAACAAGGCCGGGUACUUUCCCAUGGAGCUCUGCGAGGUGGAGCGCUUCUGCCCCUACCCAUUCAAGCUUGAUGGAGACAUGACCACCAAGAUGUUGCGGUUUGCUGUCCAGGCUCCCAAAGAGCGCAAGAUGCAGAUCGAGAAGAUGGUUGCCCAGCUCCAGUGGGGCAAUGACAGGUUCCUCAAGCAAUUCGGCAUCCAGAUGGACAGCACCAUGCCCAAGGUCGAAGCCCGUGUCAUUCCCAACCCCGGCAUCUCAUUCGGCAACAAGAUCGUCAAUCCCGGAGUGAGUGGUCGCUGGGAUCUUCGUGGGCUCAAGUUCAUUGAGCCCAACCCACAGCCACUCAAGUCGUGGGGCAUCUGCGUCACCCAGGACUGCUGUGACCAGCCCACUGUCGCCGCCUUCUACAAGAACUGGUCCAAUAUCUACAAGGGCCACGGCGGGCGGAUCCAAAAUGACCCCAUCAUCUUCCGGGCCCAGGGCAGUCAGUACACCGAGGUCGUCCAGAAUGCCUGGCAUACGGUCGGCAAGAAAUUCAAUGCGAACCCUCAGAUCAUCUUCUUCAUCCUCAAGGACAAGUCGGCUUGGUACUACGAGCGCUUGAAGCGCAGCUCAGACUGCCGCUAUGCCAUGCCGACGCAGAUGUUGAACCUCCAGCAGGUCCGGAAGGGCCAGGCGCAGUACUGCUCCAACGUCUGCUUGAAGGUCAAUGCCAAGCUAGGUGGAUGCACUGCCGUGGCCGUCAAGACUCAGGCUGGGCAGCCGCUCAAGCCCAACUCUGUGGCGCCGCACUUUGACAACACGCCUACCAUGUUUAUUGGUGCUGAUGUUUCCCACGGCACUGCUGGUCAUCUGUCGCCUUCGGUUGCUGCCAUGACUGUCUCCAUGGACAAGGCGGCCACCAAGUACGCCGCUGGUGCCCAGACCAAUGGCUGGAGGGUUGAGAUUAUCCAGCCUUACAACAUGAUGCAGAUGCUGCAGCCCAUGAUUAAACAGUGGCGCCAGCGGAACGGUACGUUUCCCAAGCGCGUAUUCUACAUGCGCGACGGUGUCUCUGAGGGCCAGUACGCCCACGUCAUGCAGCACGAGUUCCCGGCCAUGAAGAAGGCGUUCGAGGCGGCCAUGACUAGUGAGAAGGCUGCCGCCCCGCUCUUCACCAUCAUCAUUGCCACCAAGCGUCACCACAUCCGCUUCUUCCCCGACAGCAACGCGGCGGACAAAAACGGCAACGCCCUCCCGGGCACCCUGGUUGAGCGUGAAGUCACCCACCCCUUCCAGUACGAUUUCUACCUCUGCUCCCAUGUGGCCAUCAAGGGCACGGCGCGCCCUGUUCACUACACGGUUCUGCACGACGAGGUCAAGCUGCCUCCUGCCAAGCUUCAGGAGAUGAUCUAUCACCAGUGCUACCAGUAUGUGCGGUCCACCACUCCGGUGUCUCUGCACCCUGCCGUGUACUAUGCCCACUUGGUGAGCAACCGCGCGCGUCCCCACGAAAUGGGCCUCUUCACCGACCGUGUCCCCGAGGACGUCAAGCAUGGUAUCCUCCGCGCGGCUCUGGGCAACUAUGCCAAGUUGCGGAAGGCCAGGAAGGCCAGGCAGAAGGACAGCCAGACCUCCCAGAGCGACGAGCGCGACAAGAUCUGCCCCAAGCUCAUGCCCCUUGGACGGGAGGCCAAGCCCGGGGCCAAGGAGGCGUUCGAGGCGGGUAUGUGGUUCGUCUAAACGACGACCACCAUGACAUCACACCAUGUCAUUUUGUAAUUAUAUCAUGUAUAUUGAGCCUGGCAGUAGGGGAGAUGGUUCCAUGACGACUAUCAAGGGGGAGUGACAUUUCGGGCGAGAAUGCAAGGAAAGUCGAUGGGAGAGCCUCUGACCGCGGAAGACCUUGGCUGAGGACUUGAAUUCAGAGGACAGACAGGUGUUAGGAAGCUUAUAGCAUCCUGCAAAUCCAUCGUUGCUUUUUGAAAAUCCUCAUGUCUGCUUCAGUGUGAUUUGCGAUGUGG